AGACUUCAGAGUCAGAGAUGGACGACACUUCAGAAGUUAUUACCAAACAGAUAAGAUUCUUGGAAGCACUGGCAGAACAGCACAAGGAGGCUGAAGAAGGACUGCCUGAUGACUUUCCCUCAACGGCCGUAUUUCUGGAGACCACAAUGGUUCAAAUGCAGAACCUCAAAGCUUAUAAUGAAAAAACGAAGGAGAAACUUGGCAGACAAAUAGAUGACUUUGAAAAGAAUUGUGAAAAACAAGCAAAAUUCAUCAAGUUCCUUGAGGAGCAGCGGGAUGAAUUGUAAACAAUCAUGUCAGUUAACCCACCUGUCUGCAUCUACUGGCUCUUUGACUCUUUCUUUGGGUGAAACUUUAUCAGCGUUUCUGGAAGCGGCCUUUAACUCAUGAAUUGCGUCUUUUGUUUGAAAUAAAAUAUGUCAAUGAAAUUAUGAAAUAUAUUAGAAAAGCCUUAUUAUUCACAUAGAUGAUAUUUUGAUGUACUGGCAAUACAUUGUGCGUGUUGAUCAAACAUUUGAGAAAUGGGAAAUAAUAUGUUUGCAAAAAUGACGUAAAAUAAACAAAUUUAAAUACAUUUCUUGUCAAAUGCUUUAUAUGCAAAACUUUUUUUGUGGCAUAUUCAGGCUUAUCUUAGUAAAUAGAAACAACAACACACAUUUUGAUGUUAAUACUGUGGCGGGUAGUAUGAACUAAGAUGUGCUGUUACCACUUGUAACUGCAGGUGUCGCCAAAUCAACAAUGGCUGAAAAUUUUUUACCUAUAAUGCAAACUGAGUGUUGCAUGAUUUUAAAACUGAUUUCACAGUUGCUUCAGGUGCCACCAAUAAUAUUAUACAAAUUCAUUAAUGCUUUACAUUACACUGGAAGCAUUCUAUGAUGUGUUCCCCUUUUAUAUGAGGUAUAUAGGAGGCUGAUGUACUGUUUAUUGUGAUUGAAGUGUACAUUUCUAGAUUUUUUUUAACCUUUGUGAAGAAUCUGAAAUCAUCUGUUUUCUUGUGGUUUGAAUAAACAUUUGUGCCAGGAAGGAAUCUUGAAUGUCUCUGAAUUCCUCCCCCACCUACUUUUCUAGGUGCUUUCAGUUUCAAAAAUAAUCUUCUUCUCUGGCCACACCUUCUUUUGUGAAUCCGUGCUUCCUGUUCUUCCUGCCGCACUAAAGCACCAGAUAUAGACACACGGUGAGGACAAAAAGAAGAAGGCUGUCAAAAAAAAAACAAGGUGAGUUAUGAAAUUAUGCAGAAAUCAUUUAAUAACUUCUUGAAUGCAGCUUUGUUCAGUUUCUGUUCUGCCAUCGUUUCCAUCUGUCUGUCAGUUUCUCUCUAUGCAGCAAUGACAUGUCAUGUAUUUGAUUAAAGCUUAUACAGAAUAUUAUAUGGACCACACGUUAAUAUUAUCCAUAUAUUAUAUUAUUAUACAUUAUAUUAUAACAUCAUCAAGGUUAUGGUCUUUUAUUAUGUUUAUUAUAAGGUGCCUGUGUAAUACAGUCACUUCUGUGCCAAGUUGUUUCACUUUCACUUAUGCCCUGAUGUUAUUUUAUAUAUCUUCAAGUAUUUACUUGAGACCUACACACAAAAAAAAGAGGAUGUCAGUGUCAUGAAAUAUUUUGCGAUCAAAUGGGUGAAAACCUUUCGAAACCUGUUUAUUGUACGUGUAGGAUACACUCGUUGCUUACUACGUGGUGCUGUAAGAUGUGAUCAAAGUCCUCUAAGGAGUGUCUGGACUGUAGCUUCCUCUCAGUAUCAGCUGUUUAGAUCAAUGUGCUGACUGUACAUGACACAAGUGGCAGAUUUUACAUCAUUUCUGAUGUGCAGUAAUUGCAUUUCACUGAUGAUUUAUUCUUUCAACUGCCUCACUGCACUCAGGCCUCCCUCAUCCUGUGGAAGUCUGCCUUUUCUUGAAUGUAAGCUUGUGUCAUUGCCACCGUCUCCUGUCCUUUCGUCACAUACAGCCUUUCGUUUGGUAUUGCAGGUGAUGGCCUCAUCCACUUCUCAGCAGUCCAGUUUUAACUGCUGCAUUUGUCUUGACGACUUCACUGAGCCUGUCUCCACUCCUUGUGGACACAACUUUUGCAAAAUCUGCAUAUACACUUAUUGGGAGUCAACAAACAUUAUCCAGUGUCCGAUUUGUCAACAAGAGUUCAAGAAAGGUCUGCAGCUAAACGUGAACAUCCUGCUCAGAGAUCUCAUUGAGGAAAAACAGAGUAAAACCCAGAAGGCUUCAGAGGAAACGAACCAAACGCAGGAUAUUUUGUGUGAUUUGUGUGCUGGAGAGAAGAAGGUGAUAGCAACCAAAUCCUGUCUGGACUGUGAGCAGUCUUUCUGUUGUGAACAUGUGAAAUCUCACCAUGAUGACGCUGAGCUGAAGACUCACGAGCUGCUGGAUCCUGUGAGCAGACUGAAGGACAGGGUUUGUAAGAGUCACAAAAAACUUUUGGAACUGGUUUGCCGUGAGGAUCUGACUUGCGUGUGCGUGUUGUGCAUAAAAUCAAACCACCAGAACCAUCUGUGUGUCCCUCUGAAGAGCCGCCUGAGAAGGAAAAAGUCCAAGGUAGACCAAGAACUGGACGAGGUGCUAAAUGAGAUCAAGGACAGGAAGAAGAUGUUGGUGACGGUUGAGGGAUCAGGAGAAAUUGGAAAGAAAAACGUGAGGACCGACAUCGCAGACGUCCGGAGGAUCUUCAAUCAACUCAAAAGUGUGCUACAGACAGGUGAGUCGGGGCUUGUGACAGCCCUCGCCUUGCUACAAAGAAAAACUGAAAAACGCAGAGAGGACAUGAAAGAAAAGCUUCAGGAAGAAAUCAUCUCACUGGAGGAGAGGAAAGAGGAACUGGAUCACCUCUCUAAGAUUGGAGACGACCUGCGUUUUCUACAGACUUGGCACUCUCUGAGUGACCCACCCGUUACUAAAGACUGGUCCGGGAUCAGUGUCUACAGUGAUUCAGCGGUGGGGAGCGUGCGAAGCGGUUUCAUCAGGCUGCUAAGUGAACUCCGCAACAAGAUGAAUGAUGAAAGGAAAACGCUGGUUUCAAAGGAGAUAAAGAGAAUCCAGCAAUAUGCAGUCGAUGUAACUUUGGACCCCGACACAGCGAACAAUCUCCUCGUUGUGUCUGAUGAUGGGAAGGAGUUGAGAAACGAAGGAUUUCCUCAGACACUUGCAGACAACCCGGAGAGGUUUGACACUCUCCUCGGGGUUCUGGGUAAAGAAGGCUAUUCCUCUGGCGCCUUCUACUUCGAGGUGCAAGUGGAAGGCAAGGUUGCAUGGGACAUUGGGGUUGCGUUGGAGACGGUCGACAGAAAAGGGCAAACCGAUGUCUGCCUGCGAAACGGCUACGCGGUCCUGAUGCUGAGGGACGGGAAGAAUUUCAAGGCUUGUGACCGACCCCCGGUGGAAAUUGUUCUCAGCCAGACACCCAGAAAAGUCGGGGUGUUUGUGGACUAUGAGGAGGGGGAGGUCUGCUUUUACGAUGUCGGGAACGAGGCUCACAUCUACUCCUUCACGCGCUGCAGAUUUCCCAACGGGAAGUUGCUGCCGUAUUUUAACACCUGCACCCACCACGAGGAAAACAACGGCCCAAUGGUUAUCACCCCCGUUAGUUAGAAGCGACAGAUUUGCUGUUUGCAUUUAACAAAUUCUACAAAAAGUGUUAUGAUGAAGGAAUGACGGAUGAAUGAAGCAUUUGUGUUUUGUUUUUUUGUGCAAUACAUGUAGAGAUCAAAAAAUAAACUGUUAAGCAUCCUGGUCGUGUAAAUAAGAAAACAUUAAUCAGUAUUGUUCAUGUUCUAAACUUCAUGUAUAAGAGCUUCACAGGGUCUUGGUCUCUGUUCUAUGUCGACUGUGCCAGAUACUAAUUAUUUGUAGUAGAAGGAUUUAAAGGGCAGGUGAUUGCUUUCAGUGGGUUGUUCUCUGUAUCUGCCUCUGUGUUCUGAGUUUACACAAAUCUAAGCUCAUUACGAUGGCAGAAGUUGUGGUGCUAACUUCUGCAUGUCAUUUAUUUUCAGGGAGUAAUGUAUGAUGUAUUAUAUUGUUGCUAAUUUGCAAUAAACACUAAGUGCCACUGUGACUGGGAAAUGCUUAUAGUAUUUCACAGUAUUUAUUCAUAAACCAAA